UGUCAUCUGAUGUCAUCACUGUACCCUGGUGCAACCACAGUACUUUCUUGAAAAGAGAUUAUAUCUUGAUAUUAGGAACUAUAAGUUCUUCUUUCUGAAAGUUAUAGGCUUAAACUCAAAGAGUCCACAGGUCCUGCUGUUUCUAUGAUCCCUGGGUCACUUCACAGCAUCGAUGGCCGAUCAUGCGGAAAAUGCGGUCAAUAAUGUGUCUAAUGAUGGUGCGGAGAUCAUCCGGCACACGGAGACUCCCGGCAGGAACGAGGUGGAGCUGAACGGACAGCCGCCCAGCGCUCGACCCCCACAGGUGCUCACAGACGCCGAGGAGGACGAGGACGAGGAGCUGACUCUCAAAUAUGGAGCGAAACAUGUGAUCAUGCUGUUCAUUCCCGUCACGCUGUGUAUGGUGGUGGUUGUGGCAACCAUCAAAUCCGUCAGUUUCUACACGCAAAAGGACGGACAGCAGCUGAUCUACACCCCGUUUCGCGAGGACACGGACACGGUGGGCCAGCGCGCUCUGAACUCCAUGCUGAACGCCACCAUCAUGAUCAGUGUGAUCGUGGUCAUGACCCUUGUGCUGGUCAUGCUCUACAAGUACAGAUGCUACAAGGUGAUUCAGGCCUGGCUGUUCUUCUCCAACCUUCUCCUCCUCUUCUUUUUCUCCUUCAUUUAUUUGGGGGAAGUGUUCAAGACGUACAACGUGGCCAUGGACUACUUCACGGUAGCGUUGAUCAUCUGGAACUUCGGUGUGGUGGGAAUGAUCUGCAUCCACUGGAAGGGUCCUCUGCGGCUCCAGCAGGCGUAUCUGAUCAUGAUCAGCGCUCUCAUGGCCCUGGUCUUCAUCAAGUACCUCCCCGAGUGGACCGCCUGGCUCAUCCUCGCUGCUAUAUCCGUCUACGAUCUGUUGGCGGUGUUGUGCCCUAAAGGACCUCUGCGUAUCCUCGUGGAAACGGCUCAAGAGAGGAAUGAACCCAUUUUCCCAGCGCUCAUCUACUCCUCAACCAUGGUGUGGCUGUUUAAUAUGGCGGACGUUGCGGAGACCGGGAAUAAUUCCAGCCAUCCAGUUCCUCAACAGGAGAACCAGGCAGUGGCAGUGGCGCCCACAGCCCAGCCGGAGGAUGAUGGGGGUUUCACGCCGGCGUGGGUGGAUCAUCAGCAGCACCAGCUCGGCCCGAUGGACUCCACCGACGAGAGCAGGCGAGAGAUCCAGGAGAUGCCCUCCGCACGACCUCCCGCCGAAGACGACGAAGAGAGGGGUGUGAAGCUGGGUCUGGGAGAUUUCAUAUUUUACAGUAUGCUGGUGGGUAAAGCGUCCGCUACAGCCAGCGGAGACUGGAACACCACUCUAGCCUGCUUCGUGGCCAUUCUCAUCGGUUUAUGCCUAACUCUUCUCCUCCUGGCGAUCUUCAAAAAGGCUCUUCCAGCUCUCCCCAUCUCCAUAACCUUCGGCCUGGUGUUCUACUUCGCCACCGAUAACCUGGUGCGGCCCUUCAUGGAUCAGCUGGCCGUCCAUCAGUUCUACAUCUAGAGAGGUCACUUCUCACACACACUCCGUCUGCAGCGUAUUCCCAGAACCCUCUUUCAGGGGCCGUGAACCCUGUAGACUAGCACACCCUUCCUCUUCCUCUGGACACGACUGGAUCCGCUGUUUUUGGCAUUGAAUGACUCUUUAUUAAUUACAGUGCCUCUCCAGUGACUGAUAUUUGCUUUGGUAACAUCUUUGUUUGUUUGGAGAACACACAGACACCAUCUAAAGUCAUCUUACAUGUAUGAAUGCAUUUCCGUUGGUGGAUGACCGUGGUUAUGACUGAAUCUGGAGUUGGAUCGACUCUGUUGUAUGGAAUGGGACCAGAGCUUGCUUUGUCCACCAGAUCUUGGAUUCACUCUCUAGGCAUUAUGUUAAUUCCUGCUCUGAUUUAGCGAACAUUAACCCAAAGCCCUCUGAAUGAUAUGACUGUUCACACACAGGUAAGGUACUUUGAGUUUUGGAUCGAUGCCUUGAGUUUUCUUUAUCACCAUCAGAGUCCAUUUGACCAUUUGAGACAAUAUCACAUGUUCUGGUUUACUCUAGCAUUAAAUCAAGUGCUGAUCCAAGCUAGUGUUGUGCUCUCCUGGAAAGUUUGGGAGCAUCAUUUUGGAAUGUAUAAACUUUCUCUUUUAAAUUUCCUUCAUGUUUGGACAAGAUAGUGGUUUGUUUGUUUGUUCAAUUUUUUUGUUGUUUUGUUUCUCUUCCUCUAUUUUUUUUUAUUUACCUGCAAAAUGAUUUAUGAGUUACUUUUACUUUCAUACCACCCACAUCAUGUCAUUUUAAGAAAAAAUUUUGUAACUAAAUUGAAAGAUUCACAAAUAAAGGGGUUGCUCAUUUGAGCACAUUUCA